AUGCGCUGGGUGUCUGCCUUCCUUGCCCUGGGAUUAACGGGUGCAUUGCAAGCAACUGCGCUGGAUGCUACGAUCUUCACGUUUCCUCCCAAGGCUGCAACACCUUUAACUGAUAAUUCUCAACAACAAACAAUAUCAGAAGAUGAGGCCCGGCUUAUCUUGGAGCUUCGCAUGAAGUCCUCUGUGGCAUCAAUCCUCGGAACUGUGAAUGCAGACACUGUGAACCGAUUGAAUCAAUUUGCUCAAGACGAUCUCACUCUCUUUGGGGGAGCUACUGGGGAUUCUGCUUCUAAAAAAAGCAUUCUUGUUCUGGAAGGGGUCGAUCACGAAGUUGCCCUAGUAUUGCAAAAGGCCCAACCGAACCACCUCCGUAUCCCACAAAUUUCCUCGCCAUUUAUCGGUGAUGACCUUCUGGAAUCAUUCAUCGAAAGCAGUUCCACUGCGGAAGAAGACCGUGGACAGUUCUGUACAUACUUCAACGGUGCUAGCAGGGCUGCAUCAUCGACAUCCCAGACUCCUAAAGACUGCUUAUCCAAGGACCCCAUGUUUGCUGAUGGGUCUGAUUUGCUUACCCGUGACUUCCUUACAACAGUUGAUUCAGUGGAAUCUUGGAUAAGCAAGGAUCACAAGGAUUCAGCUUUGAAGUUAUCCUUUAAGAAAGCCCCUAGUGAUUCUCUUCUUGGAACCAAACUCCUAGAGACAUUGCUUCUUCACUUAUCCGAACUAUCAUCGGGAAGCAACACGGAAAUCACGACGAUCGUUCUACCCCCUGGUGUCAAAUCAGAAGGAUCCAGCCCCCGCGGCCCGAAGCAAUCAUUAACACCAGGCGCUGCGCAACAGAAUGCCUUCAAGAGGUCGACCCCGCAUUCCACCUCCCCGCUGCACUCAACCUUGGCGCCUGUCUGUCAUGCUUCAAACUCAUCCUGUGUCGAAUCUACCAAUGACUGUUCUGGGCACGGUUCCUGCUAUCGAAAAUACGGCUCAGGUGUUGAGGGAAGUGUAGGCAAUUGUUAUGCAUGUCGAUGCAAGGAAACUGUUGUUCAAAAUAGCGAUGGCACCACCAAGAAGAUUCGGUGGGGUGGAGCGGCUUGCCAGAAAAGAGACAUCAGCUCACCCUUCUUCCUUGUUGGAGGCAUCAGUCUGCUUGCCAUCGUUCUCGCUGGUAGUGCGAUUGGAAUGCUUUUCAGCAUGGGCUCACAGGAGCUACCCAGUGUCAUCAGCGCAGGUGUAGGAGGUCCUAAAUCCCAGAUGUGA